CGAGUACUUCGCUCCGUGGGUUAAAGAAUGUCCCGGGUCCCUUUAGGAAAAGUCCUCUUACGAAAUGUCAUUCGUCACACUGAUGCACACAACAAGAUUCAGGAAGAAUCAGAAAUGUGGAAAAUAAGGGAGUUGGAGAAGCAGACUCAAGAGACUUACCGAUGGAAGCAAGGGAGAAUGUCACCCAAUACCUCCAGUAGUCGUAUGCGCAGUGACGGUUUCGAUGAGGAGAGCCAAAGGGCUGAUUGGAAGGCAAAGAGCUUUGUGCAUGUUCCUGACAUGACUGAAGAUGAUCUUCUCCGGGCCCGGACCUGGAAUAAGAAGCUCCAUGAAUGUGAAGCCAACAUGCCAGAUAGAUGGGGUCACAGUGGCUAUAAAGAGUUAUAUCCAGAGGAAUUUGAUACUGACAGUGACCAGCAAGAGAAAGAUGAACAAAACGCUGUCAAUGGAAAGAGGAAGUCUCACCCAGGAAAACAAUCUGUGCCUGAGUCACUCAAACGGAAGAGGCCAAAGAAAUCACAGAAGAAGAAGCGGAAGAAAAGAGGUCACACAAAAAAGCGAAAGAAGAGGAAAAAGGAGAAGGCGAAGGCAUCAUCAGAUUCUUCCCAGGAAGCGAGUGUUCAGGAGGGGACUUCGUGCACCUGGAGAGGGAAACACAAGCACAAGAAGAAGACCAGGAAAAGGCUUGCAAAGGAACCUGCCUCUUCCUCUGGGCGGGAAAGUGACUCUUCCAGUGUGAGCAGCUCUGAGGACAGCGAACCUGAGGAGAAAAGGAAAUGGUCUAAGAAAAAAAGGAGGAAAUGCCCUGUGUCUGCAUUAGAGAGGCACAGUGAGAUUCAGGAGAAGCAAAACAAGAGGAAGAACUGGAAAGUGGCAGCUGAUGAGAAGUCGGAGGACAGCUCAGAUGAGGACUAACAAGAGGCUGUGAGUCUGGGGCCAUGGGUGAAAUUGCACGUCAGCGAAUGGAGGCGGACGUUUUCUCCUGAUG